ACUAUACGUGACUUAAUAAUUCUUCUUGAAUACUUCGUUCCAUUGUCAAGUGUUACCAUGCUAGCCCAAUAGUUAAAACUUUCUAGGGACGUCCAACGAGCUGCGCUUACUUCGAGAUUCUGUGAAAAAUUCUGUCAUUCAAGCGGGAAUCCAGAAAUUCGUUGACAGGUCCGAUAAUUCCGGUCGAUAUCGUUUCGUGUUUACUUUUAAUAAGUUCGAACUGAAAGCAUGGAAAGAAGAAAUCGAGGCUCUCGAUCGCAAGAUUCAGCAUUCGCGUGCGGGACAAGUAGAUUCCCGCGAAGUGGAUGUCAUAGAUUAUUCUUGCGUGGACUGGAUGAAGAUCUCAACUGUCGAAUUCAAAGGAACUCGAUCUGCUGCGGCGUUAAAGUACAAAUGGUUAAAUGAACAGUGCCCACGAUGGAAUAGCGGGCCGUGGGCGAAAGAGGAAUUAGAGCGGCUUAAACACCUUCGUGAAGAGUCCUUUACAUCGUGGGCUGCGCUUGCAAAAAAACUUGGGACCGACCGCACUCCAUAUCAGUGUUUCGAGAAGUAUCGUAGUGACAUAUUUAGAUCGACUAAAGAAUGGACUAAAGAAGAAGAUGAUCGUUUGGUUGCUCUGGUAAAAAUCAUGACCGUUAAUGACACGGUACAGUGGGACAAAGUUUGUUUCUACAUGCCUGGACGCAGUCGACAGCAAGUGCGCACUCGUUAUCAACGCACACUUGAUGAAAACGUUCGGCAUGGUCGUUGGACUGAUCAUGAGGAUCUUUUGCUGAUGUCGGCAGUAGCGCGGUUCGGAGCCAAAGAUUGGGCAAAGGUGGCGAAGUGCGUGAUAGGCAGAUCAGAUGGUCAAUGUAGAGAGCGAUGGUGUAACGUUUUGGAUAGGUGUACUGAAACAAACGACUGGCUGGCUGAGGAAGAUGAACGGUUGGUUCUUGGUGUGCAAGUGUUCGGAAGAGGACAGUGGGCAAAAAUUGCCGAGAUUUUGCCAAGGCACAAGCCAGAAAACAUUCGAAGACGUUAUCGUCAUCUAUUAUCAACAAAAAUGAGAGUGAGUGGUCGUUUUAACUUAGAAACUCUUAUCUCCAUCAUCUCGAUUCGUCAAUCUAAUUUUACUGAUCUUCGAUCUGAUCUGGAAGAGAGAAAGCAUCACUUUGGUUUUUCUAUAUCAUAUACGGCAGCUAAACUACUUUAA